UGCCUGUUUUAUUUCUUAAGUUCAGAAUAUGUAUAUUUAUUAUUAUUUUUUUAAAUGGAGUGCCUGAUGAUGGCUGGUAGAGUACUAGUAUUUGAGGUAAGCAUGUGAUAGAACCUACUCUUCAGUGGCUGAAGGGAGGGCCAAGAAAAGACAUCUCUGCGCCUGGAGUUUAGAGGGGUGGUCCUAAGAACUAUAUCUCGGCAAUACCUCUCUCUGUUACAUUUCUCUUCAACAACCCUCAUUCGAAAAACCCUGACCAAACAACAACAAUAACACCUUCCCCCCCAAAAAAAAACCUAACAACAACAACAAAAAAAACAACGAAAACUAAAGCCUUGAUUUGGAGAAAUGAUAUAGCACGCUAGGAGAUCCAGCCCGCUGUCAAAAAACCACAAAAAUUAAAGAGUUUUCCCCGUGAAUGACCGAGGUGAAUGCUGUCUGCACAGUAUGAAAGCAUUUCCCCAUCUUAGUGAUCUUUCGGGUUCCCGACUCUUUGUGGACAUAUACAUGAUCGCAGAUCAAGAAGGAAGCUCCAAUUCACUCUCGCCUCAAUUUUACAUAUGUGGUAACUGGGUCCGAGAAAAGUUAUCGAGGCCUAGGUCCCUGGUCACAUAGGUAGUAGAGGAGGAGGAUUUGAACCCAAGUCUUCUGAUUCCACAGCCUGCUCUUUCCAUAUCAUUCCAAAAUUUCCAUUCUUUCCCUAUGCCUGUUUCACAUAAGAAAGCACAUGCAUACGGGCAUACAUAGUGGGAGAAAGUGUUUAUAUACAUACAUACAUACAUCUAUAUACACUCAAGUCUCUGUAACUCUGUGGAAGGGGUGAGGGGAGGUAGGAGAGGGUGCCCAGUGAGAAACCUUUUUCCCGGGAUUCGGGUCUCACCAGUGAUCGGAACUCCAUAAGCAGCAGCAAACAGCCGCCAGGCGUGGUAGUGAGGGAAAGAAUUUUCUGCCUCUAGAGAGGACAUGAAAGGAAACACGAAACACUUCAAAUAUCCGAGUAAUAAAUCAGCGUUCGCUCACAGAGCAUCAGGCAGGCCAGGGCAAGGGAGAACGAGGUAGGCGAGCUUUACCCACGGGUUAGAAGCCUUGGCUGGGCAGGAGAGGUAAUGCCGCGGCGAUGACAUCACCCAGAGUGGGUCCUCUCCCUAACUUGCCAGCUUGGGACCUGACAGAUCAUUAGAGAGUACUUCAAGCUGACCGAUCAGCACCGCCCGCCCGGGGCCAGGAGGUGCCUCUGAGUCCAGGGCGCCGCGCUCUCUCUUCCCUCCGCUGCCAAAGGAGCUAACACUCCCAGGUCGGCUCCGAACGAAGACGUGGACUCAGAAACGCGCCCCCGGGGGAGCACUGGCACCGUUUCUGACUGACCCUGGGCGUUCUGAAGCCAGCAUCCGAGAGAAGCUGGGGACCCGUUACUGUGCCCACCCCAACUUGGGGCGCAGCUGCCCCCCCAGCACCUCUUUUGGCCCGCGUGACACCCCUACUGUGGAAAGAGGGAAAGGGGUGAGAACCCAGAGGGACGAAGCAAGCAGCAGCAGAUAUCCGCUCUUCUGACUCCUAGAGGUGUCCCGGUGCUUAUAGGGACCCCCGAGGCAAGGGACGCCCAGUGGGGAGAGGGUAGGUGGAGGACUGGGGAGUGGGGGGGAAGGGGGAACCACCGCUGAAUCCGGGAAGCUGAGGCUUCUGUGGAGGCGGAGCGGGGCUCCUUUAAGGAUCUCCCCUCCCACCCGGCGAGGCCGGCCCCCUGCCUGCCAGCUCUCCCCGCCCCGGGGUCCCUGCGAGAGCAGCGAUUGGGCGGGCGCGGCUAUCCCUUUGAAGUGUGGCUGCCGAUCGCGGGUAUUUGACGUGUGGCUAGAAGAAGGGGAAGGUUUUUGUGUUCUUCGCCGGGGCCAGCGGCGGCGGUGCUGGCUGUGGCGGCGGCGGUGGCAGCGGAGGAGGGGAGGUGGAGGAGGAGGAGGAGGAGGAGCGGUUGGCUGCUGCACCCCGCUCGGCACUGCGGAGCGAGCCCGCCCGCCCCGGGAGCUCGCCUCCCCGGUGCUCCCCCUCCCCGCCCCCCCCGUCCCCGCCCGUGGCGCUGCCUCCUCCAAAUGAGCGAUUCGCCCGCUGGAUCUAACCCAAGGACACCGGAAAGCAGCAGCAGCGGCGGCGGCGGCGGCAGCGGCAGCGGCAGCAGUCAGAGCAGCGGAGGAGGGAAGAGACCAGCGGUCCCGGCGGCGGUGUCCCUCCUGCCUCCGGCGGACCCCCUGCGGCAGGCGAACCGACUCCCCAUCAGGGUACUGAAGAUGCUGAGCGCGCACACCGGCCACCUCUUGCACCCGGAAUACCUGCAGCCGCUUUCCUCCACUCCAGUCAGCCCCAUCGAGCUGGACGCCAAGAAAAGCCCGCUGGCGCUGCUGGCCCAAACCUGCUCGCAGAUCGGCAAACCUGAUCCACCACCCUCCUCCAAGCUGAACUCGGUGGCGGCGGCGGCCAACGGCCUUGGGCCGGAGAAGGACUCUGGCCGCUCCGCCUCAGCCGCCUCCUCCGCUUCCGCGGCUCUCAAGCAGCUAGGGGACUCACCGACGGAGGACAAGUCCAGCUUCAAACCCUACUCCAAGGGGUCUGGCGGGGAUUCCCGCAAAGAUGGAGGCUCUUCUUCCACCUCUUCCUCCUCUUCUUCUUCCUCCCCUGGAGACAAGGCAGGGUUUAGGGUACCCAGCGCAGCCUGCCAGCCUUUCCCCCCGCACGGAGGUGCCGUCUCAGCUUCUUCUUCAUCCUCCUCCCCCGGCAACUCCCGGGGCGGCUCACCGCACCAUUCGGACUGCAAGGGCAGCGGCGGCGGUGGAGGCGGAGGAGGCGGGGGCGGAGGGGACCUGGACAAGAAAGAUCAAGACCCCAAACCCAGCCCGGAGGCAGGAAGCGGGAGCCGAAGCGCCGAGCCCGCGUCACACAGCGGAGAGGCUGGCUCGUCCGGGCGCAAGUCGGAGCCGCCUGCGGCUCUGGUGGGCGCCGGCCACGUGGCGCCGGUGUCUCCGUACAAACCCGGCCACUCCGUGUUCCCUUUGCCACCCUCCAGCAUCGGCUAUCACGGCUCCAUCGUGGGCGCCUACGCCGGCUACCCGUCCCAGUUCGUGCCUGGUCUGGAUCCUAGCAAAUCCGGGCUGGUGGGGGGUCAGCUGUCCGGGGGGCUGGGCCUGCCUCCCGGCAAGCCUCCUAGCUCCAGUCCACUGACAGGCGCCUCGCCACCCUCAUUCUUGCAGGGUUUAUGCCGGGACCCCUACUGCCUGGGCGGUUACCACAGCGCCUCCUCACACCUGGGCGGCUCCAGCUGCUCCACUUGCAGUGCGCACGAACCCGCCGGGCCUAGCCUAAAGCCGGGGGCUUACCCGCUGGUCUACCCAGGCCAUCCGCUCCAGCCCGCCGCCCUCUCCUCCAGCGCAGCGCAGGCUGCGCUCCCGGGACAUCCUCUCUACACCUACGGUUUCAUGCUACAGAACGAACCGCUACCACACAGCUGCAACUGGGUAGCGGCCAGCGGGCCGUGUGACAAGCGCUUCGCCACCUCUGAGGAGUUGCUCAGCCACCUACGGACCCACACGGCCCUCCCCGGCGCCGAGAAACUACUAGCCGCUUACCCCGGGGGGUCAGGCCUGAGCAGUGCGGCCGCCGCUGCGGCUGCAGCUUCCUGUCACCUACACCUCCCUCCACCCGCCGCCCCCGGCAGCCCUGGGUCGCUGUCCUUGCGGAGUCCACAUACUUUGGGGUUAAGUCGGUACCACCCCUAUGGCAAGAGCCACUUACCCACACCUGGGGGCUUAGCUGUGCCAUCCCUACCCACAGCCGGACCCUACUACUCGCCAUACGCGCUCUACGGACAGAGACUAGCCUCAGCCUCCGCUCUUGGAUACCAGUAACUACAGCCUCUUCUCCUCCCCUGCCCUUACCCUCUGCCCAGCCUCCUCUUCCACCUCCUUUCUGGCCACUACCACCACCACCACCACCACCACCACCGCCACCGGCAGCAGCCUCCACUACCACUCCUCCCUCCUAGCAUUCCCCUUCCUGACCCCACCCUCCUGGACUGUGUAUUUAUUUACUGUACUAUUAGCUUACAAGCUGGGAAUAUAAGUGCAUUAAUGGCCCACGAGUCAAUGUUAUGCAAAAAGUCUGUGUCCCCCCCCCCACCGCCCAAAUAAUAAUAAUAAUGAUAAUUAUCAAGUGAUCAAAAGAUCCCCACACCUCUUCCUUUCUUUUUUUCUCUUAGGUUUGGGUUUUAGAGUUACUUCUUCUCUACCUCCCCCCCUCCCCGGUUUCUUUCUUUCUUUCUUUCUUUUUAUUGAUUUGUUUUUAUUGGGAGGAGGGGGAAUUGGGGUUCUUGGAUUCUUGGUUUUUUUGUUCCUUUUCUGGGAAGUUUCUUGCAUGAUUCUUGACACUUGAAACUGCAUUGUUCCUUCUGUCCACCUUUUUCCUCUUGUUUCCAUUGGCAUUUCCUUUUUUUUUUCUUUGUACAGGUAACAGAGGUGAUUUAAAAAAAUAUAUACGUAGUUCGAGGAAAGGGGAGUCAGGCAGGCCGAAAGUUGGACGGCAGUGCUGUCUUUUUGUCCCUAGGCUUUGCCUGCCCCUCCCUCCUUUGGCACUGCUUCCCCCUCCCUCCCUCGGGGCUCCAUUAUGAGGCACUGGGCCUGAAGGCACAGAAACCUUCCUUGACCUGCAGCCAAGGAGCCCCUCUGGGUCUCUAGCAGCAGUUUCCUGAUAUUGAAUCCCAACAGCCCAACUGAACAUUUCCGUUCACCCCUAUAUCCCAAAAAUACACGGUCAGGAGUCUCCCUGCCAAAAGGGAUGAGUAAUACAAUACCCUGGGGAACCUAACCAUCAGGGCCCACCUUAAUUAAAAGUUCUAGAUGGGCCUGCCGCGUGAAAGGCCUGGCUCUUUCUAGUCUACCAAGUGCUUUAUAAUCCUUUCUUUCUUUUAAGUCUCCUAUUGGGGCAGCAACCCUUGCUAUAUAGGAGAGAAAGGGGGACUCUCUCCUCAGACAUCUCCAGAUCAGACCAGUCCAGCGUUUUAAAAUCGAAUGAGAUCUUAAUACAAUUGAGAAAACAUUUGGAGGGAGGGAGAUAGAAACCCCCAUCCGAAUCUCCACAGGCCUCAAGCUUUCUGUCCCCACCUGGUUCGGAACCCCCGGAGCAGGGGCAGGCAAACGGUCAAGGCUUACUAGGUGACCUAUGACACUCCCUCCCGCCUCCCCAGCCUGCUCCCCAACCCCUCCCAUUCUUCCCCCUACUCCCCCACAGUCUUGCGCAGCGCGGAGGCUGUGGGGCCAGUUUUGGAUGAAUAGAGCUCUCUCCGUUGGUAAGACUUAUUUUGUUAAUAAAUGGAAUACUUGGCUAUAUUCACACCGUA